CAACAGUCGGUUUCCAAGGAGACGAGUCUUUGAAAUGUGGGAAUUGUAGUUUAAAUAUUUUAUUAAACGUAUUUAUUUUAUUUAUUAAAUUGUACAUUGUUGCAGAAAACCCAUUGAAUAAUAUUCAGAAAUGUUCCCAUACAAUAGAAUAGUGUAUACGUUUGAAUAAUUACUAUUAAUGUUUUAUUCAUAAGAAAUUAUUAACUGAAAACUACAGUAAAUCGUUAUUCGCUCACAAAAUGUCGAGUUCUGCACAAAUAACCAAUUGACGUCUUGCAGCUCUGAAGGCAUCCAAUAGGAAGGCUUGAUAAUCACCAGCGCCCAAAUUUGAAAGAGUAGACUUUUUAGCACUUCGAAAGUAGACCUGGUGUUCGAAACACAAAGUUAUUUUGGUAAGCGGGUGCUACCUAGAUUUUGGUAUUUUCGAGACGGAAUUGAUAAAUGUUUUCUACAUAUAGCUAGCUAAUUGCAAAGUGAGCAGCAAAGAUGGUACUUCAUCUUGAUAAAGAGCAUGCACUGUUGGAAUGGGUUAACCACCUGAAUGUGGACCUCCCGGUGCGGAGCAUCAACGAUUUACAGGAUGGCGUUUUGUUGAUGAAGCUCGUCUAUAAACUGAGAAAGGAAGAGCCCGCUAAGUCCUAUUUGGACCAGCAUGUCCAGGAGAGGCUGAAAGUGGUCUCUGACUUCCUGCAAGGGGACUGCAGGUGCAGCACGGAACGGGGAGCUCUCAUCUCCUGGGACAACAUCAGCAAUGGCCUAAACCUGGAGGUGGAGUUAUCCAAGGUGCUUGUGCUCCUGUACUACCAUAGUGUGAUCAACAACCAUGUUGACCUGAACCAACUGGAAUACAAGUUUGAGGUUGAGCUUGCCUCCAUGCUCCGCUUUGUAUUGGACAAUGAGAAUAGCCUCUACUUGAGUGAGAACUUGGAGAAAUAUCUAAGGAAGAAGCCCCUGUUUAGUUUCAACAGUGACAUCUCCAGUACCUCCUCAUCCUCCUUGUUCAACGACGAGUCGCCAGUCUUCCAGCGCAGAAAGAAGAUCGGUUCAGUUCAGUUUCUGGACCUACAAACUGUUGCGUCCUCGUCUGUCAGUUCUCCCCUGCAGGAUGUGAUGAACACUCCUCAGUUCCAGCUGAAGAAGCUGCAGAGGCAGCUGCGUCAGGAGAGAGACAUGAGGGAUGAGCUGGAGAAAGACCUGACCACCAGCGCCACCACCCUCACCCAGAGAGAGAGUCAGAUCUGUCAGCUGCAGCACCGUAUUGAGAAGCUGCUGAGGGAGCAAGCUGAGCAGGAGCAGGAGCCCCGGGAUGAGCUACAAGAACUGCACAGCAAGAACGAGGGGCUGCGGACCCGUCUCCAUGAGGUGCUGAAGGAGUGCCAAGCGUUAAAGACCAACUCAUCUCAGAUGGAGCGGAAGGUGGAUAGCCUGACAGAGGAGAAUGGCACCCUUUCUGCCCAGAUGCGUGAAGUGAUUGCUCGGUUGGCGAGUGCUGAGGCUGAGGUGGACAGGCUGACUGAGGCCCAGGCCUCUGCUCAGGGGGAGUGGAGCAGCAGACACUGCCACCUUCAGGCUGAACUCAACCAGGCCACUGCUCAGAAGGAGUGUCUGAGUGAACAGAUGCUGAUCCUGCAGAGCAAGAUCUCCUCUCUAGAGGACGAGCUGAGUAAAGCCAAAAUGCAGGAAAAAGGGGAGGUUAUGGGCCCUAUCUUGGAGUGGGAGCAGCUGAAACAGGAGCUGGCCGAUGCCACCCUCAGGCACGCAGAGUGUGAGUGCACCAUCGCUCGUCUGAAGGGGGAGAAGGAGCAGGCUGCCACCCUGCAUGCCCAGGAGAGGGCCUCGCUACAGGCAGAGAGCCAGAGACUGCAGGUCCUGGUGACUGAGCUCCAGGAAGCCCUGAGUGCUCUGCGCGCUGACAGAGAGGCUCUGGAGUUGGCCUCCAAGGAGGAGAGGGAGUCCCUGACUGCCCAGCUCCACACCCUGACUGCUGAGGUGGCCAGCCUUACCCAGACUGUACAACAAAGGGAGCAGGAGGUGAAGGCGCUGGGGGAGGAGGUGCAGCAGGAGUGCAUGCAGAGAGGGGAGCUGAACCUGGCUAUGGAGCAGCAGGAGAGGGAGGCCAGAGAGGAGAUCCAGGAGCUGACCAGCCACGUGGACACCAUGGGUGUCUCUCUGAGGAGGGCUGAGGAGGAGGUGCAGGUCAGGGAGAAGCAGCUUGCCAGGCAGCAGCAGGAGAGCGCUCUACAGAGGGAGGUCCUACAGGAGGAGAUGGCUGCAUCUGAGAAAGCGUUAAAAGAGCUGAAGGAGCAGGAAGAGGCCGUUAGAGAGGAGGCCACUCGACUGCACCAGGAGAUAACUACACAUGCUACGGACCUCUGUAGCCUGAGGCAGGAGCACACUGCUCUGCAGGAGCAAUUGGCUAGGCAGCAAGAGGAGAUCUCCCUAGAAAAGGAGGCACAGUCCGCAGCCCACAGGGAGAAGGAAGCGGUGAAGGAGGAGCUCUCUCAACUCCAGGAUGAGGUGAGGAGCCUGGGGGAACAGAUGGCCCAGCUGGAGGAGGCUCAGAGGGAGAAGGAGCGUCUCCUCCUUCAGUCCACAGAGAACAUAGAGACCCUCCAGACAGAGAGAGCCGCUGCCUCGUCCCUCGCUGAAGCCAAAGACCUGGAGCUCAGCAGCCUGAGAGAGGAGGUGAGGGCCAGGGAGGAGCAGCUAGCCAUGCAACAAGAGGAGUACCGCUUACAGCAGGAGGAGCUUGCAGCUCAGGAGAAUGAAAUCAGUAACAUGAGAGAGCGGCUCGCUGGCCUGAUGGACCAGAUCUCUCUGCUGAAGGAGGUGUGUCAGGAGGGCAAAAACAUGGAUGCCCUGAGAGAAGAGCACACUGCCCAGUUGGAGCAGCUGCGGCUAGUGAAGGAGCAGGUCGAAGAGGUCCAGGAGAGGAAUGAGGAGACCUCGGCAGCUCUCAGGGAGAAGGAGUCGUCUCUCAGGGAGAAGGAGGAGAGCCUCCGGAGGCUGGAGGAGGAGCUACAGUCCACCACCUCUCUGGCCUCCCAGAGACGACAGGAAGAACUGACCUCACUCAAGGAGGAAGUCAUCUCGCUGCAGGAAGAGGUGGAGAGGAGGCGUGCAGCGGAGGCCCUGGCAGUUGAGGAGGCGAGGGAGGUGGCUAGGGAACAGGAGUCUAAACGUAUGGAGCUGGAGGAGAGUGUGUCAGCCCUACAGCAGCAGCUGGACUCAGCCAUCCAGGACAAUGACAUGAAGAGACAGAAGUGUGAGAGGCUGGAGCAGGACCUGGAGCAGAGAGGAACACGGGUGGAAGAGCUGAGGCAGCAGGAGGAUGGCGCCAGACUGGAGGCCACUCGACUCCGCCAGGAGAUCUCUACACAUCUCAGCCAUCUGGAGGUAGUGCAGAGGGGGAAGGAGGAACUAGCCAGGCAGCAGGAGGAGCUGAGAGGGGAGGUGUCCCUCCAUCAGCAGAGAGCUUCAGUGCUCCAGCAGAGCCUGGAGGAGCAGGAGGUCGCUAUGAGAGUGUUAAAGGAGCAGACGGAGAGCACCAGAGAGGAGGCCACUGUGAAGAUGGAGGCCCUACAGGCUCAGCUGGAGUUAGUGUCGUCUCUGGCCGCAGCUAAAGACCUGCAGCUCAGCACUCUGAGAGAGGAGGCCUCUGCCUUACAGGAACAACUAGCUAAGAGAGAGCAGGAGAUCUCCCUUCAGAAGGAGGUGCUGCAGGAGGCCCAAUGGGAGAAGGAGUCAGUGGAGGCACUGAGAGAGGAGCUGGCCAGGCAACAGGAGGAGCUGAGAGAGGAGCUAAUCCUCCAGCAGCAGAGAGCUCAGUCCUUAGAACAGAGCCUGGAGGAGCAGCAGGAGGCCCUGAAAGAGCUGACAGUGAAGGAGGAGAGAGCCAGAGAGGAGGCCACUCAACUCCGCCAGGAGAUCUCCACACAUCUCAGCCGUCUGGAGGAGGUGCAGAGGGAGCAGGAGGGAAAAGCAAGAGAGGAGUCCACUGUGAAAAUGGAGGCCCUACAGGCUCAGCUGGAGGUAGUGUCGUCUCUGGCCGCAGCUAAAGACCUGCAGCUCAGCACUCUGAGAGAGGAGGCCUCUCUACUCUGCCAGGAGAACACCAAACAUGCAGCUGAUCUAAAGGACGUGCAGUGGGAGAAGAUUCGUAUGGAGAGCCUGUUGAACGAGGAGCACAGAGCCUUACAUGAGGAACUGGCCAAGGAGCAGGAGGAGCUGAGGGGAGAGGUGUCCCUCCACCAGCAGAGAGCUGCAGAGCUCCAGCAGAGCCUGGAGGAGAAGCAGGAGGCCCUUAGAGAGCUGAAGGAGCAGCUUGUCCAGCAGCAGGAGGACAGCUCCCUACAGAAGGACUUGCAGGAGGCCCAGGCUGCAGCCCUCCAGGAGGAGGUGGUAGACGCUCUGAGAAGGGAGGUGACCCUCCACCAGCAGAGAGCUUCAAUGCUCCAGCAGAGCCUGGAGGAGCAGGAGGUCGCUAUGAGAGAGCAGGAGGAGAAGAGCACAGAGGCCACUCUGAAGAUGGAGGCCCUCCAAGCAGCUAAAGACAUGCAGCUCAGCACAAUGACAGAGAAGGCCACUACCUUACAGGAGCAGCUAGUUAAGAGGGAGCAGGAGAUCUCCCUUCAGAAGGAGGCGCUGCAGGAGGCCCACAUGGAGAAGGAGUCAGUGGAGGCACUGAGAGAGGAGCUAGUCCUCCAGCAGCAGAGAGCUCAGUCCUUAGAACAGAGCCUGGAGGAGCAGCAGGAGGCCCUGAAAGAGCUGACAGUGAAGGAGGAGAGAGCCAGAGAGGAGGCCACUCUGAAGAUGGUGGCCCUCCAAGCAGCUAAGGACUUAGAGCUCAGCACCCUGAGACAGGAGGCUACACAACUCCGCCAGGAGAUCUCUACACAUGUCAGCCACCUGGAGGAGGUGAAGAGCGAGGGCCACCUGAGAGAGGAGCACACUGCCUUACAGGAGCAGCUGGCCAAGCAGCAGGAGGACAGCUCCCUACAGAAGGACUUGCAGGAGGCCCAGGCUGCAGCCCUCCAGGAGGAGGUGGUAGACGCUCUGAGAAGGGAGGUGACCCUCCACCAGCAGAGAGCUUCAAUGCUCCAGCAGAGCCUGGAGGAGCAGGAGGUCGCUAUGAGAGAGCAGGAGGAGAAGAGCACAGAGGCCACUCUGAAGAUGGAGGCCCUCCAAGCAGCUAAAGACAUGCAGCUCAGCACAAUGACAGAGAAGGCCACUACCUUACAGGAGCAGCUAGCUAAGAGGGAGCAGGAGAUCUCCCUUCUGCAGGAGGCCCACAUGGAGAAGGAGUCAGUGGAGGCACUGAGAGAGGAGCUAGUCCUCCAGCAGCAGAGAGCUCAGUCCUUAGAACAGAGCCUGGAGGAGCAGCAGGAGGCCCUGAAAGAGCUGACAGUGAAGGAGGAGAGAGCCAGAGAGGAGGCCACUCUGAAGAUGGUGGCCCUCCAAGCAGCUAAGGACUUAGAGCUCAGCACCCUGAGACAGGAGGCUACACAACUCCGCCAGGAGAUCUCUACACAUGUCAGCCACCUGGAGGAGGUGAAGAGCAAGGACCCCCUGAGAGAGGAGCACACUGCCUUACAGGAGCAGCUGGCCAAGCAGCAGGAGGAAAACUCCCUACAGAAGGAACUGCUGCAGGAGGUGCAGGCCACAGUCCUCCAGGAGAGGGAGGCUAAGGAGGCACUGAGAGGGGAGGUGUCCCUCCACCAGCAGAGAUCUGCAGAGCUCCUGCAGAGCCUGGAAGAGCAGAAGGUUGCUAUGAGGGAGGAUCUAGUCAGGCAGAAGGAGGAAGGGCAGGCAGCAGGCCAGGUGGAGAAGGAGUUGAUGGAGCAAGAGAAGGAGGCUCUGUUAACCCGGGCGCUCCAGGCAGAGCAGAACCAGAGCAAGCUGGAAGAGAGCAUGGCUGAGCUGAGAGCCCAGGCAGAGAGCAGAGAAAGUGGCCAGAGACAACAGCUGGAUGCCCUGCUCCUGGAGAAGGAGAGGCUGACUGAGGGUAACCAGGUCUUGGAGAUGAAAUGUAGCGCCGCCCAGAGGCUGGAGGCUGUACUGCAGGAGGAACUGGCCCUGCUGACAGAACAGAUGCAGGGAACGGAGUUGGAGAAACAGGUCAGAGAUCUACGGGAACAACUUGCUGCCAACACUGAGGUAGUGGAACACUACAAAACACAGGUUGAGAAGGCCAAGAGCCACUACUCGGGGAAGAAGCAGCAGCUUGUGGAGUCUCAGGAGCAGGUGACGGAGCUGCAGCGCAGCCUAGAGGUCAGACAGCAUGAGGUCAACGCCGUUACCACAGAGAUGAAGCUGCUGCAGAAUGAGCUGGAGAAGGCCAGGAGCAAAGAGAAGAGCCUCAGCUCCAAGGUCAACACUCUGGAAGCACAGCUUGCGUUUGCUGACCGUCACCUUCGAGAGCAGAGCCAGGUUCGACCUGAGGGGGGACCAGGCAGGAUUGAGAAGAUGAGAGGGGGUAGAGAGAGUGUCUAUCUGAAAGUCCCCCAGAGCCAGACUCACCAGGAGACCAGCGGUGACAGCCUGGACCUGAGCCUGGACGACUCCCUCAACACUACCACGAGGCCGUUGAGGCCUGACGAGUCCAGUACUCCCCUGGUGCGUAGCUCGGAGCGUGUAGCUGCUAAACGGCGUGCUCUGGGAGGGGAUUCACUGGAGACCCUCUACUUCACCCCCAUGAAUAACCGUCAGAUCAGCAGGAGCAGCACUGAGCGCCGGCUAGAGGGCAGCAUCACAUCUCUGGGAGAGCUGGCUCUGGACUCAGCCAGGAAGAGACCACCCACCUCCUCAGCUAGACGCCGACGGACCACCCAGGUCAUCAACAUCACCAUGAGCAAGAAGAGCCCUGGUCGCGGAGGAGCAGGAGGGGAUAGUGACAACGAGACGUUCUACAGCCUGGCCUCGGUCCGCUCCCAUCCCAACAUCACCGGAAGAACACACACCGCACGACCUGUCUCCAUGGAGAUCUUCCACACACCCGGAAAACCUGCCGUUGCCUUGAGCGAUCAGCUCCUCAGUCUCCCUGGAUACCGCCGAAGCACCGUCCACGUUGCAGCUCCACAGAGUACGGGCCACUUCUGUGUGGGGGCAGAGAAUGAGCCUGACCAUGCUGCUGAUGACUGGCUACGCAUCGCUGAGCUGCAGGCCAGAAACCAGUCCUGUCUACCUCACCUAAAGAGCAGCUAUCCUCUGGAGUCCAGGCCCAGCCUGGGACCGUCCUUUGAGUUCACCGACGAUGACCUGCGCAUGGGCGACCCCACGGAGACUAUCCGUAGAGCCUCUGUGAUGCCCGGACAGAUUCAGGAGUCUCUGUCAUCCCACCGGCUUUCACUCCACCCGGGACCGGCCGACAGCACCACGGCCACCAGGCCAGCCUACGGCUCUCACCGCCUCUCACUGAUGCCCCCCAAACCUAAAGCCAGCAGCACCUUGAACAACCAGAACACACACAACCUCAGGGGGAGCAACCUGUCACUCAAACGCUCAGCCAAAGAUCAGGAACCAGACACACCUGAGGCUAAGAGGAUGGCAACCAGCUGUUUCCCGCGCCCUCUUACCCCUAAAGGAGGUCGUUUCAGCUCAUCCAACAACCGUCAGCCUCUUAGCCCUGCUGAGCGGAGACAGUCCAUGGUGUUCUCCAUCGACAACACGCCUCGUAAGGCAGCCUCCAAGAGCGGCUUCCUACAGAGAGGCAUGAGUAAGAUUCGCAGCUCCACGCGUAAAUCCCCAGGGAACAAAAGCUCUCGUGUCCCGCCGUCCGGAGAUGGGAAGUCUCCCCGCAGUGGAGCCGGGAGUGUGAAGUCCCCUCAGCCGGGAGGGAAAGCACAGAGGAAGUCCCCUCGGACCAACAGCAUCAAGUCUCCAGCGAACUCCACCAGCGCACGCAAGGAACCUGAGGUGUUGGUUGGAAAGCCCAUUCAUCUGAGCAGAUGAACUUCAGGAGGAAGAUGUGAAUGAACAUCUGAUCACUCAACACGUUUUCUUUUACAUAAUCUACCAAGAAUAAUCAUUCAAUUGUUUUAUGUGCAAUAAUUACAAGUAUACUUUCACCAGAGGUUAUAUUAUAUUUACUUAAUUGUAUAUUUACUUACUUAACUAAUUUGGGUUUUAAUAAUUUGGUUUCUUUUGAGAUUUAAAAUCUCAAUGGGUUUUUUAUUUGACCUCCUAAUGAUGUAAAUGUAACAGUUAAGCCCUGUUCAAUGGGGUGGCGAGGUAUCCAAUACUGUUAUAGGUCACCUACUGUACACACCUGGUACACUGAAUCAUCAUGAUGCAUCACGCUUUGACUUUAUUUCAUCUCAUCUUCUUUGGCUUAAAGUCCCCCCCCCCCCCCUUUUAGCUUUAAAACCUUUUUGUAUCAUAUUUACAUGAAUUGUCUUUCAAAUAAAAAGUAUUAAACAAUCUGUAAAAAAAUA